AUGAAAAUCAAGGCACUUGUUCUUUUCCUGUCUGCAGUGAUCUGUCAGUCAACAACUAUGAGAGCACCGUUCACAUACAUGGAUACACCUGAGCGCACCGGCAUUCCAGAUUCCAAGCCAGCAAGAUUUCAUCGCUUUCUUUCAAUGGAGCGAAGGGAAUCGGACGAUCCUAGCACUUCGGACGACGCAAGCCUUUGCUUUUUCAUCAAAGAAAAUGACAAAUCGAGUCAAAUUUCCUGCAAACAUCGGUUAACACGCAGUAAAUUCAACUACAAUCCGUUUGGGCUGCGCUUUGGAAAACGAAAUGAAGCGAUAACGGACAGAUCCAAACACAAGCACCUGCUGCCCAUGAUACUUUAUUUGCGAAAACCAGAGACUUCCUGA